AUGCCCAUCCCACCCCCUGACGCCCUCUUCGGCGCCACCCUCGAGCAGGAACCUCCUUACUGGGUGGGCUCCGUUGCCAACUACACGUGUCCCGAUGGCCAGAUGUCUCCACAUGGCGACACGUACACCUCGGUCGUCGCCAACGAGACCGCCUGGAGCGUUCUCGACCCGGAGUUCGGCUGUUACAACGCAUGCCAAGCACCCCCUGCAGUGCCACUUCACGCCUGGGCCAACGAAACGGACGCGUGGAUUUGGGGCACUGAAAUUACGUACGUGUGUCCUGGCGAGUUUGAUGGAGGGGGCUUUAACUACACAACGGUCUGUGUGGAGGGUAACUGGACUCUCUUCGAUCUCCCUUACUGCAAAGAUGAAUUACAGUCCAAUGUCCUUUUGUAA